AUGUCCAUCUCCAACAAGGAGCUGUCGGAGCUGAUUGAGCAGUUGCAGAAGAAUGCCGACCAGGUGGAGAAGAACAUUGUGGGCACAGAAGCCAAGAUGCAGAGCGAUUUGGCCCGGCUUCAGGAGGGCCGGCAGGUAGAGCACCGGGAUGUGGCCCUACAGAAGGUGUCGGAGUCAGAGAAGCUGCUGUAUGUGCUGGAAGCCGACGCAGCCAUUGCCAAGCACAUGAAACAUCCCCAAGGAGACAUGAUCGCUGAGGACAUCCGGCAGCUGAGGGAGCGUGUGACCAAGCUACGUGGGAAACACAAGCAGAUCUACAACCUGGCAGUGAAGGAGGUGCACCCAAAGGUCAACUGGGUGUCGCUGGUGGAUGAGAAGCUGGACAAGCUGAGCAGCCAGAGCUUUGGGACGGAGCUACCGUUGGUGGAUCAGCAGGUGGAACAACACAACAUCUUUCACAACGAGGUCAAGGCCAUCGGGCCCCACCUUACCAAGGAUGGGGACAAGGAGAACAGCGAUCUGCAGGCCAAGUACCACAAACUGCUGGCACAGUCUCAGGAGCGGCAGCAGCAUCUGAACUCCCUGCAAGAUUACAUGCAGCGCUGCACCAAUGAGCUGUACUGGCUGGACCAGCAGGCCAAGGGCCGCAUGCAGUACGACUGGAGUGACCGGAACCUCGACUAUCCCAGCCGACGGCGGCAGUAUGAGAAUUUUAUCAACCGGAACCUGGAGGCCAAAGAAGAGAGGAUCAACAAGCUACACAGUGAGGGUGACCAGCUGCUGGCCACUGAGCAUCCCGGGAGGAACUCCAUUGAGGCACACAUGGAAGCCGUGCACGCGGACUGGAAGGAGUACCUGAACCUUCUCAUCUGUGAGGAGAGCCACCUCAAGUACAUGGAGGACUUCCACCAGUUCCAUAAAGACAUGAAAGACGCCCAGGAGCUGCUGAGGAAAGUGGACUCGGACCUGGACCAGAAAUACAGCCCCGACUUCAAGGACCGCUACCAGAUUGAGAUGCUCUUGCGGGAGCUGGACGACCAGGAGAAGGCACUGGACAAGUAUGAGGACGUGGUGCGGGGUCUGCAGCGCCGAGGGCAGCAGGUGGUGCCUCUCAAGUACCGGCGGGAGACGCCGCUCAAGCCCAUCCCAGUGGAGGCGCUCUGCGACUUCGAGUGUGACGAGGGUAUGAUCUCGCGAGGCUACAGUUACAUCCUGCAGAAGAACAACGGGGACAGCUGGGAGCUCACAGACAGCAUCGGGAACAGGCUGACUGCCCCAGCCGUCUGCUUCAUGAUCCCCCCAACUGACCCCGAGGCCCUGGCUCUGGCCGACAGCCUGGGCAGCCAGUACCGGACUGUGCGGCAGAAGGCAGCCGGGAGCAAGAAUGUGCUCCAGCAGCGGUACGAGGUGCUCAAGGCGGAAAACCCUGGAGACGCAUCUGACCUGCAGGGGCGGCAGCUGCUGGCCGGUUUAGACCAAGUUUCUCGAGACCUGGACCGGCAGGAGAAGGCCAUCACGGGCAUCCUUCGACCACCGCUGCAUCAGGAUCGGGCCGUGGAAGACAGUGCUGAGCGGGCCAAGGACCUCAAGAAUAUCACGAGUGAGCUGCAACGCAUCGAACCUGAGAAGACUCGGAGCACGGCCGAGUGUGAGGCCUUCCUCCAGGCCCUCCCGGGCAGUGGCACCGCACCCCUGCUCAGGAACCGGGUGGACGACACCAAUGGCAAAUAUGAGCGCCUGGCCCAGCUACUGGACUCGGCUCAGGAGAAGAUGGAGGUCAGCAGCCGCCUGGAGGAGAGCCUGCAGCAGGGCCGGGAGCUGCUGGCCACAUACGAGAGCCAGCUAACCCAGGAUGACACGGUGCCCGAGAGUGGCCACACCCUGGACAACAAGAUACAGGAGCUGGCCGCCAUGGGCUCUGAGCUGCAGGCCAAGCCGUCCGUCUUGACUGAAGCUGAGCAGAAUCUGCAGGCGGCCAAACAGUGUUCAGGCUUACUGGCCAGCCGCUUCCAGGAGCACUGCCCCGACCUGGAACGUCAGGAAGCCGAGGUCCACAAGCUCAGCCAGCGCUUUGAUAACCUGCGCCAUCAGAUCAGCCGCAGGUUCCAGAGCCUGCAGAAUGCCAAGGCCGCUUAUGACAAGUAUCACAGCGGCUACAACCACAUGUCACAAUUCCUGUCCAACAUCCCCAGUUAUGAGCCCCAAGAGACAGACAGCCUCAGCCAGAUGGAAACCAAGCUGAAGAAUCAGAAGAACCUGCUGGAUGACAUCGCCAACAGGGAACAGGAAAUACAGACAGUGUGUGCCAACUCCCAGCAGUAUCAACAGGCUGUAAAGGACUACGAGUUAGAGGCAGAGAAGCUAAGGUCCCUGAUGGACCUGGAGAGUGGAAAGAACAACCACGUGAGCAAGAGGGCCAGGCUCCAGUCGCCGGCCGCCAGAGUGAAGGAAGAGGAAGCUGCUCUUGCUGCCAAGUUCACGGAGGUCAAUGCCAUUAACAGACAGAGAUUGCAGAAUCUGGAGUUCGCGCUGCAUCUCCUGAGACAGCAACUGGAAGUGGAAAUGCCCCCCGAAAGCCUGCAGGGGAGCACGCCAGGGCCCGGGGUGAAAGAACUAUGGCAGAUCAGGAAGGAGCUGGACGAGGAGAGCCAGAGGCGGCGGCAGCUGGAGUGUGAGGUCCAGAGCGCGCAGGAGGAGAUCCUGAGUCUGCAGAGCCGCGAGCAGCCGCAGGCCGUGGUGCACAAGGAGGUGCUGAAAAAGGUGCCGGACCCCGCGCUGGAGGAAAGCUUCCGGCGGACACAGCGGACCCUGGCCGAGGAGCAACACAAGAACCAGCUGCUGCAGGAUGAGCUGGAGGGACUGCGGCUGCGGCUGCGGGUGCUGGAGCAAGAGACAGGGGCUGGUGGAGGGCAGGAGUACACGGUCAAGGAGGUGCUGCGCAUCGAGCCUGACCGGGUCCAGGAGGGUGAGGUCUUGCGUCUCCGCGAGGAGCUAGAGGAACUGCGCAGGCAGAAGGGCACUCGGGAGGCUGAGGUGGCCCUGCUGCGGCAGCGCAUCGCAGCCCUGGCCGAGGAGAAGAGCAGGACGCAGGAGAAAGUGACCGAGAAGGAAGUGGUGAAGCUGCAGAAUGACCCCCAACUGGAGGCCGAGUUCCGGAAGCUGCAGGAUGAGCAGCGGCUCGAGGGCCAACAGUGGGAGAAGCAGGAGGAAGAGCUGAGCUUCCUCCAGGAGAAGCUGAGGCGGCUGGAGAAGGAGCGGGCCAUGGCCGAGGGCAAGAUCACCGUCAAGGAAGUGCUCAAGGUGGAGAAGGACCUGGCCGCCGAGAGGGAGGUUGGUGACCUCAAGCGCCAGUAUGAAGAUGAGGCUGCCCGGGCGCGCGCCAACCAGAGGGAGAAGACUGAGUUGCUCCGGAGGAUCUGGGCCUUGGAAGAGGAGAACACCAAGGUGGUGGUCCAGGACAAGGUGCGGGAGAUCGUCCGGCCCGACCCCAAGGCCGAGAGCGAGCUGGCCAACCUGCGCUUGGAGCUGGUCGAGCAAGAGAGGAAGUACCGAGGGGCUGAGGAGCAGCUCCACAUUUACCAGCGUGAGUUGGAGGCGUUGCGGCAGCGAGGCCCCCAGGUCGAGGUCAAGGAGGUGACCAAAGAAGUCAUCAGGUACAAGACGGACCCCGAGAUGGAGAAGGAGCUGCAGCGGCUGCGGGAAGAAAUCGUGGACAAGACCAGGCUGAUGGAGAGGUGUGAUGUGGAGAUCUACCAGCUUAAGCAGGAGAUCCAGGCCCUGAAAGACACCAAGCCCCAAGUUCAGACCAAAGAGGUGGUCCAGGAGAUCCUGCAGUUCCAGGAGGACCCCCAGACCAAGGAGGAGGUGGAGUCUUUGCGGGCCAAGCUGUCGGAAGAGCAGAAGAAGCAGGUGGACGUGGAACAGGAGAGGGCUGCACAGGCACACAAGAUCAAGGAGAAGGAGGAAGAGCUGUCCCGGGUGAGGGAGAGGGUGGUGCAGCAAGAGGUGGUCCGUUACGAGGAGGAGCCCAACCUGCGGGCCGAAGUGAACUCCUUCACCGAGAGCAUCGAUGUGGAGCUGCGACAGAUUGACCACCUCCGAGGGGAGCUACGGCGGUUGCAGCGGCGGCGCAGCGAGCUCGAGCGGCAGCUAGAGGAGCUGGAGCGUGAGCGUCAGGCACGCAGAGAGGCCGAGCUGGAGGUGCAGCGCCUGAAGCAGCGGCUGGCCGGCCUGGAACAGGAACAGGAAGAGGAUGAGGCCCGAGAGAAGGUGACCCGCAAGCAGAAGGUGGUCCUGCAGCAGGACCCCCAGCAGGCCCGCGAGCAUGCCCUGCUCCAGGUCCAGCUGGAGGAGGAACGUCACCGGCGGCAGGUCCUGGAGAGCGAGCUGGAGACUCUGCGUCAGAAGCUGCUCAACCUGGAGAAGAUGGAGGUCAAGGAGAAGGUGGUCUUCUCCGAGAGCGUCCAGGUGGAGAAGGGAGGCAUGGAGCAGGAGAUUCAGAAGCUCAGGGGCAGCUUGGAGGAGGAGACCCGGAGCAAGCGGGAGCUGGAUGCCGAGGUGAGCCGACUAGAGGCCAAGCUGUCUGAGCUGGAAUUCCAUAACUCCAAGUCGUCCAAGGAGCUGGACUUCCUCAGGGAGGAGAACCACAGACUGCAUCUGGAACGGCAGAACCUGCAGCUGGAGGCCCGGAGGCUCCAGGCGGAGAUUGAGAUGGCGGCCACAGAGACCCGAGACCUGCACGGCGUGUCCACAGUAGAUGCCGGGCCGAGCCUGGACUCCCGGCUCUGGUCCCUGGAACGGGAGCUGGAGGACCUCAAGAGGCUUUCCAAGGACAAGGACCUGGAGAUCGACGAGCUACAGCGGCGUCUGGGCAACGUGGCCGUCAAGCGGGAGCAGCGGGAGAACCACCUGCGGCGGUCCAUUGUGGUCAUCGACCCCGACACGGGCCGAGAGCUGUCCCCGGAGGAGGCCCGCCGGGCAGGCCUCAUCGAUUGGAACAUGUUCGUGAAACUUCGCAGCCAGGAGUGCGACUGGGAGGAGAUCUCAGUGAAGGGCCCCAACGGGGAGUCCUCAGUCAUCCACGACCGCAAGUCCGGCAGAAAGUUCUCCAUUGAGGAGGCCCUCAAGAGUGGCCGCCUGAGCCCUGCCCAGUAUGACCGCUAUGUCAACAAGGACAUGUCAAUCCAGGAGUUGGCUGUCCUGGUGUCCGGGCAGAAGUAG